UCUCACUUUCCUCAUCUUCUUUCUUUGCUUCAGAGUAUUACCGUAUCAGUCUCAACUCUCAAGUCUCUCAGCAAUGGCCCAAUGGUCUCAACUACCCCCGGAACUCCUAAACCUAAUCUCCAAACGACUCGAUUCCGAAACCGAUCUCCUCCGAUUCCGAUCCGUCUGUUCUCAAUGGAGAUCCACUCUCCCUGCCCAAUCCACCCACCCAACACCUUCCUGUUUCCCGAUUCUCCCAAACGAUGACAUUUCAGACACCAAUCGGGGUUUCUAUCUCUCCAAACGCACCAUUUUCCGCCUCGGAUUGCCCGAACCCAGUUGCCAAACACCCCCCUCCGACACCUGGUUGAUUAAGCUAGAACAGGACGGUCGUCAGAGGAUGCAUCUUUUGGAUCCUCUCUCUAGGUUCGAAUUCAAACCAAUGCCCACAAAUUUCCCCAGAAUUCUCGAUCCCUCCAAAUUUAGGGUUUCUGAACUAGGGCACGAGUUUGUUCUUCGGCCUUUUGCGAGUUCGAUCGGUGAUGCGGGCAAUUUGCAAAUGGGAAAGGUUGCAUUCCAUUCGCGGGUUGAUGGGUUUGUGUUGUUAGCAAUGCAUGAUUCUGGGAAACUAGUUUUGUUCAAGUCUGGUGACACCAAAUGGACUGUCAUUGGCGAUUUGACUUCGCCUUAUGAUGAUGUGAUACUCUUUGAAGGACAGUUCUAUGCAGUGGACAACAUGGGAAUGACUGUUGUUUUUUAUAUUGACUCGUCUCCGUGUGUGAGUUUGGCUGCGAAUCCGUUUUUUGGUGGGGACAAGAAGCUCUUGGUGGAGUCAUGUGGUGAUUUGUUGUUGGUUGAUAUGUAUUUGAGUUUGGGACCUGAAGAUUAUUUUGGUUACAGUGGGGUUUUUGAAGGAUGUUAUCUUAUUGAGAGGACGGCGGUCCGGUUUGAAGUUUUCAAAUUGGAUCGAGAAGAACAGAUGUGGGUUGAGUUGAAAAGUUUGGGGGAUCAGAUGGUGUUUUUGGAAGAUAAUUGCACGUUUUCGGCAUCAGCUUCUGAUUUUCCUGGUUGUGUACGGAAUUGCAUAUUCUUUACAGACAAUUUCUUCUUUUCAGGGAGGGCAGAGAAUGUAAUGAAGAAUUGCGGCAUCAGUGUGUUUAAUUUAGAGAGUGGUAGUAUUGUGCCUUUUGCACGUUGCACUGGUUUUUCCAAGCUGUUUUGGCCACCGCCCGAAUGGGUAUCUUCGACUAUGUUGGCAGUGGAGUAAAAUCAAAUGGGCGCAUAAGUUUAUCAAAGAGUCCCAUCUAAGUGAGGGGGCAUGAAUAACCAUAGCAAAGGCAUUAAAUGGAUGUCAGGCCAUGAUACUCAUGUACGGUCGUAAUUGAUGCCAUUUAUCUUGUUAAACUUUGAUACUCAGUUGCUAGUUAAUUUCAGUGGAUCUAAUUUGGCAUGAAAUGGCACAAGUUAUAUAAGGUUUUCGUGUCUCCUCCCAUCAAAUAGUAAGGAAGUGUGAACCUUUUUGUGCAUUUGGAGGCCGUGAAUCCAACAUCACUGGGCUGUUUGGAUCCAAUUUCUGACGGGGUUUCAUUGUUCAAAAAUGGGCCAAGUAGCAUCUGGCUGUCAAUAUGGCAAAUCACAGGGGGUGUCACUAUAAUUUACCCUUGAUUUAAUAAGUGAGAUAACAAUAAAGUUUCCUUGAUUUGAUUAUCUGCAUUGUGUAGGAAAUAACUGAGAAAAAAGCCAACAGAACCGGAGUGCACAACAUGUUCGCCAUUGUGGCGGAAGCAAGUCCUUCACGCAGUACAUUGAGGAGACGAUAAUAGUUGUUGAACCAAAUGAUCUUAGACACUUGCUUAUACAUGUUUUUGCAAUUGGCACAUAAUAAUUCCUUGAACUUUGUUUAUUGAAACAGAAAACGUCCGAGAGUGAAGAUCAACCUUGUUUGAUUGUUAUUUAUGAAUGAACAAAUCACAAGGCCAGAAAGGGCUGGACAAGUGAGAAAACUCGGGAAUUGCACCGUUUCACGGACCUCUUCCAUUGUUAUUUUUCUCUUCUUGCAAAGGGGUUGUCCUUCAUGUUGAUGUCUUUCAAGCCCUCUUCAACAUUAUCUUAUAUGGUUUACUUAGAAGAUUAACUACUGAACUCUGAGAUGAAAUAAAGGGAUGGCCUAAGAGAAUGUCAGCAACCAUUGGGACUUGGGAUCAUUGACUAAACACAUGUCCAAGAAAUCUUUUGUCUAUGUAGACACCCAACUUGGAAUUUUCGACAAUUUUUUCUGAAACCAAAGCGAUAUAGAAGAGCGUAAGGCAUGGUAAUCAACUCUAACAUAGUUCACCCAAGUGUCCAAAAAUCUGAAUGAGGCUGGUUUUCUUGAUAACGAACUGACUGAGGUGCCAAAGACAUAGUUGUGCCCCUCAACUUGGAACAUUUUUUAUAUGUAAUCGUAAUAGCAAGCCCAAAAUCAGCAAUUUUUGCAAUUUCUUCAACUAUUUUUAACCUCGGAAUAAUCAAAUUCUAAGUCAAACAAGAUGAUGAAGGGUCUUGACAAGUAGAAUAUUACGAGGCUUUAUGUCAUAAUGAACGUAACCUUGCUUGUGAAUAUGACUAAGACCCAUAAGCACAAUUUUUGUAUAUGGUCCAACUUCAAACUCCUACAACCCUUUGCUGGGCUCUUAAGGGUAUGGUUUGCCCUAUUUACAGCCAAUCAGAACUUGAACCAUUUUUGAAUAAUGACACCCUCUUAGGUUUGGUAAAUUUAACAGACACCCCCAACCAUCACCUACCGCAUUUGACACAUGGCGAAUUUACCUAUUUGACGCAUGUAAUUACCUUUUUAACCUUUCUAAACAUAUGAAUUGACAAUUUUACCCACCAAUAAUUUCCCCCUUCUCCUUUCUCUUUUCUCCCUCCUCUUUGUUUUCUCGCUCCUCUCAAGCACCUACCAGUACACCAGGCCACCCACAACCACCACCUCUUACCACCAUGACCACCCCCUCUUCCUCCCUCUAUUUCUUCUCUCUUUUAUAUUCACACACACAUAUAUUUACGGACACAUACACAUAUAUCCAAUUGCAAUCAAUUCAAUCAUAUACUGCCCAAAGGGAAACGAUUGAUUCUGUGGAUGGAUUACUGCGUGGUGCUGUAUUGAUUACCACGUUGCUGGGUUUGGCUUCGGCGAGAAUGGCUCAAUAUGUGAGGGGCUGUUGUGCGUAAGAAGAUGAUUCCAAGCUGAUAAAAUACCUAUAUGGUUUUUUGAAUCUGAUAAAGAGUUUUAUAACAAACUCAAUCCCGAUUAUCAUAUUUCAAUAGAGGAGUUGUUCAUUCAUGCAAAGGAAAUAAGUGAGAAAACACCAACAGAACCGGAGUGCACUACAUGUUCACCAUUGUGCCGGAAGCAAGUCAUUCACGCUGUACAUUGAGGAGACGAAAACGUCCGAGAGUGAAGAUCAACCUUGUUUGAUUGUUGUUUAUGAAAGAACACAUCACGAGCCCGGAAAGGGAUGAACAAGUGAGAAACUCGGGAAUUGCUUGUAAGAAACAUGCUUUCUGCAUUUAUAAAUAGUAUGCCUAGUAUUGCAUGCAAUAUUUAUUUAUAUUUUGUGCAUUAGUGAUUGUUGGGAUUGGUGUUGGUUGUGGUGAUUGACUUGAUUUGAGAAGGAAUGUUGGUGUUGGCUAUAUUGGUGGUUGACUUGAUCUCAGACAUGGAAAAAUUCAAUUUAUAUAUGUAUAUUCUUUGUUAACAUUGAA